UGUGGGGAAGUGGCGGACCGUCUCACGAUCUGGUUUCAUCUCCUCGUCCGCAAUCGUUUUGCGUUUCAAUCGCUUCGGCUAAAGAUCCCCUCUGAUGUAGUCAAGUCAACACUACUUAUGAUGUGUCUCGUCUUCCCAUAUUUUCUUUGCCACCUUGAUUCCUUCUCAAGAUUUUUUUGAAACCUGCAAAAAUGAAGUCAAUCAUCGGAUUGAGCGCCCUGGGCGGAGCUCUAGCAUCCUCUAAUGCACAUAUCGGAUUCGUUGCGCAACAGCCUCUCUUGCACAAUGUUUGCCCUGCAAACUUUAACCUUCACAACGAAGAAUGCCUGCCCUCAGUGCAGGUUACCUUGGCCACGUCGGCGCCGACUUUCGAAUCAAACAAAACACAGAUUGCACCAUUCAUAAAUUCGCUGGAAGACGCGCAAAAAUUAGCCUCAGAAACCGAAAACUUCCCCUGGUCCUUUUGGCCCGAAUGCUUUACCCCAAAAGACGAAAACGACGCCGACGCAAACCCCUUUUGCGUCUUCACAAACACCACCUUCGCAUCCGGACGAGGCAUAUCAAUCGUCACCACCAAAACCAACGCCUACUCAAUACUAGAAAACCACGCAUUCACAGACCCCGCCUCCCUCCAACGCAGCAACAACUACCAAAACCCUCCUUUCUACCAACACGAAUUCCCUGGCAAAGGCCGCGGCCUCGUCGCCAACAAAACCCUCAACCGCGGCGACCAAAUCCUCGCCUCAACCCCCAUCCUAAUCACCGACGUCGACCUCGACGAGCUCCCUGAGCCCGAACGUCUUGCCCUCCUCUACCGCGCCGUCGACACCCUGCCAACCCACACGAAAUCCCUCUUCUGGAGCCUAAUGGGGCGCUCCGCACCGGGCGAAGACGACCCCAUCGACGACCGCCUAACAACAAACUACUUCGAGCUGACCCUCUCCGGCGAAACCCUCUCCGGUCUCUUCCCAGAAAUCGCAAUGAUGAACCACGACUGCCGCCCAAACGCCGCGUACUUCUUCGACGAAGACACCAUGACGCAUUAUGUGCAUGCCAUCCGGCCCAUCUACCCAGGCGAGGAGAUUACCAUAACGUAUAUUAACAAUGAAGUGACCCGCGUAAGGCGCAUGGGAAGGCUGCGGACGAACUGGGGAUUUACGUGUGCGUGCUCGGCGUGUAGUGCGCAUCCGCUUGUCACUGCGGAGUCCGACGCACGGAUUCUGCAGAUUGAAGAGGUGCAGAAGGUGCUGAAUGACUGGACCAACACGUCGAGUGCGACACCCGCGCUGGCGGAGCUGCUGGUGAGUUUGUUUGAGCAGGAGAGACUGCAUGCGGGGCUUGCGACGGCGUACCAGCAUGCGGCCGAGGUGUAUGCUAGUUUCGGCAAAAAGUGGGAGACGGUGAGGUAUGCGCGGAAGAGUCUGGAACUUACGCUGUUGGAUAAGGGGUGGGCGGAUCGCGAUGUGCUGGCUACGAGGAAGAUGGCGAGGGAGCCCGAGGGGAGUUGGGCAUGGAAGAGGAGAGUGGGGCUGGUGAAGCCCGAGUCUUCAUGUGCAUGUGGGAAGGAGCAUUCUCAUUCAUGAUACUGUUGUUUUCUGACAAGAAGACAAACAAUUAAGGGCAGGGGGUGAUUUGCCUCGUCAAAAUGUCUAUUAUGAAUAACGUUUCGUUCUUAGCUAGAAGCGAUAAUGAGAAAGGGAAUAAAAUAAAGGAUCAAAAAUACAGAUUUUCUAUGGACAAA